GGUCCUUUUCCAGUAAAAUAACUUCCCAUUCCCAAUGUAUCGAUCUUCUCGAGCUCAAGAAAGGCUUUUUAUUCUCGUAUGCAACCACUUCACUCCCGUCCUGGCUCACCGGCACAGACUGCUGCACCUGGGAAGGCCUCACCUGCGAAGAAUCUUCCGGUCUGGUCGUUUUUCUCGACCUCAGCGAGCGAAAUAUCUCUGGCAAGAUCACGCCAUUCCUCUUUAACAUCACCUCGCUUCAAAGACUCAACCUUGCCCACAAUUCGUUCGACGAAAGUCCUCUACUUGAAAUCAGAAACCUUGGCAAUCUCACUCAUCUUAACCUCUCUAAUUCCGGGGUCAUAGACCACCGAGUACCCAUGGACAUCUCUCUCCUCAGAAAGCUGGUAUCUUUGGACCUCUCUUGGUCAGGAUGGAACACAGAAUCACCUCCAUUGGAGCUCCGGGAGCUCAUUGGAGGUUUCUCAAACUUGAUUGAACUCUACUUGGAUGGUGUCAAUGUCUCUGCAAAUGGGACAGAGUGGUGUAGUGUCAUCUCUGAAUCUGUUCCAAAGCUUGAAGCUCUCAGCUUGGUGGGCUGUUCACUCACAGGACCAAUUGACAGUUCCUUGUCCAAGCUCCGGAAUCUCUCUCUACUUCGUCUUGAUGACAAUGAUUUGUCUUCUGAGGUACCUGAAUUCUUUGAAGAUUUCUACUCUUUGAAUGUGCUUACUCUCUUCAACUGCAAACUCCAGGGAUUUUUCCCGAAAAGUGUGUUUCAACUCAAGAACUUGAAGUAUAUUGAUAUAUCACACAAUGAUGAGCUUUCAGGUUAUUUGCCGGACUUCCUGAAAGAUAGCACUCUGGAGAGCUUGAUAAUUUCAUCCACGAAUUUCUCUGGUAGUUUACCGGAUUCUUUAGGAAAUUUGGAGUCAUUGAUAGAUUUGGAUCUUAGUGGUUGUCAUUUCUCAGGAUCAAUACCUUGGUCAUUCCGGAAUCUAAGCCAGUUGGUCUAUUUGGAUCUCUCUUAUAAUAAUCUCACAGGGGAGAUACCAGUGGUUCUCGGUGGAAUAUGGAUUUCUGAAAUUUUGCUCUCAAAUAAUAAUCUGACAGGGUCCAUCCCUGAAUCUUUCAGCCAGCUCAACCAACUUGUUACUCUUGAUUUACAGAAGAACUUUCUCUCUGGACCGAUCCCGGCAUCUUUGUUCACUCUCCCGGCAUUGCAAGAGUUGCAGCUAAGUGAGAAUGAGUUUUCUGGGCAGCUGGAAGAGUUCUCAAAUGCCUCUUCUGUGUUACAAGUUGUUGAUUUGGGCAACAAUAAUCUCCUAGGGGAGAUCCCAAAAUCAAUGUUUGAUCUCUUGGGUCUCCAGUUUCUUGAGUUGUCCUCAAACAACUUCACUGGCACAAUUGAACUAGACUUGUUUCACAACCUCCAGAAUCUCAAAUACUUAGAUCUAUCAAACAACAACUUGUCAGUGUCAGACGGAACCGGCGAUUCUUCUCUUCUCUUUCCUUCCCUUGCAGAGUUGAUGUUGGAAUCUUGCAAUCUAGUCACUAUUCCGGCUUUUCUGAAGCAUAAAAACAACAUGAAAUGCCUAAGCCUUUCAAAUAACAAAAUCGGCGGCACCAUACCUGAAUGGAUUUGGAGCAUUGGGGACAUCUGCUACUUGAAUUUAUCCAUCAAACUUAUUUACAUUUUGCUCACAGGAGAAGUCCCCUCAUCAAUUUGUCAAGCAACAAAUCUCAGAAUCCUUGAUCUUUCCUACAACAAUUUGAAUGGUUCAAUACCAGCUUGCCUCAUGGAGAGUCUUACUGAACUUCUAGUUCUUAGAGCUCGAGUGGCUUUGAAAGGUGUUAAGAGGGACCUAGUAAACACUAUGACAAUCUUCACAGCUAUUGACCUGUCGAACAACCAAUUUGAAGGGCCUCUGCCUGAAGCUAUCGGGAACCUUAAGGCACUCAUUUCGCUGAACAUGUCAGGUAAUGAUUUCAAUGGCCGAAUUCCAUCCGUGUUUGAGAAUUUGGCGGAGAUGCAGUCAUUGGACCUUUCAGGAAACCAACUCUCUGGACAGAUUCCUAACUCUCUGACCUCCCUCACGUUUCUGUCUUUUUUGAAUCUCUCGAAUAAUAACUUAGUUGGAAAAAUACCAUAUGGCAACCAGUUCUCCACAUUUUCGAGUUAUUCAUUUGAAGGGAAUCCAGGACUGUGCAGGGAUCAAUUAUCAAGGCAAUGUGUUAAUUCUAGUGUGGAGCCUUCUUCAAAUUUCAACAAUGCAUACCCUGGGCUCGACAUUGAUGUGAUAUGGAUUUGGAUAUUCACAGGGUUGGGGUUCAUAGUGGGAUUUGCAUCUACACGUCUUGGUCUCGGGGCAUGCAACGUCGAGAUAUCGCGUCUCCUAUCCCGUCCAUGCUCGGAGGACCGAGCCCGGAACAAUACCUUCUGGACAGACCGGCGGGUAAAGACGCAGCUAUCGCCUGAACCCCAGAAUUCCGGCCACCAUGGGAGCGCGGCUCGACCAAUGGAGAUACCUCCUCACCGUCGCCGUGGGAGCUGGGCUCCACCAACGGCUGGUUCUCACAAAACACCAUUGCACCACCACCCUGGGAGCUAG